GGAUGUCUAAUCUUGCUGCCAUAUAAAGAACCAAAAUGAAUGUAUUCUGGGCCUAUUCAUUUUUUCCCCAAGGAAAUAAUAUUCUACAACUUCAGCUGGUUUCACUUAUGAAUGUACAGAAGCCUCAGAGAAGAAAGAAAGCCAUCAAGUAGGGUGACACUGUAUUAGCUCUAAGACUUGAUUCUAAAUUUCUGAAAUGUCAGUAUUGUACAAGUGAACUGCAUUUACUUAAAAGCAAUAUAUAGCAACGUUCUCUAUUUUCAGAACCCUCAGCCAGAAGGAUCACAUUAGUCAAUAGUCAGGCCAAGAUAUGGCAGGAGCACAUGCAGACAGUAACAUGUAUUAAUGCAGUUAAUUCAAGUAGCAGGUGAUGCGAACUCAUUGACUUCCCCUGUUACGAUUCCCUCCUCAUGAUUUAAUACAUUGAUGUCACAGCCAUCUGUGGUUGUAGCAACAUGUGUGAAGAUAUUGUAGACAGGUGGCAUGUUGGAGAGAAAUGCCUUGCACCAUUUCCUGAAAGUGGGAAACUUUGCGAAGCCACAAUAAAGUCUAUUGAAAAAGAUAAGAAUGGAAAAUCAUUUGCAUUAGUAUCAUUUUUGGAUUCUGAAGAAAAGAGAAUACUAAUAACGAAACUCUAUAAAGUCAAAACUGAUCACGGGAAAAGCUUAAUAUUUGAUGAUGAUGAUCUGGAAAAGCCUUAUUUUCCUGACCGAAGGCUUCCGUCACCUGCAGUUGCUUUUGAGUUAUCUAAAAAUGGGGACUGUAUCCCUUAUACAAUUAAUAGAUAUCUGCGUGAUUACCAAAGGGAAGGGGUCCAGUUUCUAUAUGGACACUACGCUCAUAAAAGAGGGUGUAUUCUUGGCGAUGAUAUGGGUCUUGGAAAAACAAUUCAGGUCAUUUCAUUUCUGGCUGCGGUACUGCACAAAAAGGGGACACGCAAGGAUAUGGAAAACAACAUGCCAGAUUUUUUACUGAGGACUGUAAAAAAAGAGCCAAAAUGUGUCCCUAAAAAGACUUUCCUGGUUGUAGCUCCACUUUCUGUGCUAUAUAACUGGAGGGAUGAAUUGGACAUAUGGGGUUAUUUCAGGAUUGGUGUUUUACAUGGCAGUCAAAAAGACAAUGAACUGACUCGUAUUAAACAGGGGAAGUGUGAAGUUGUACUUACAACAUAUGAAACGCUUCGUCUCUGUUUGGAUGAACUUAACAGUGUAGAGUGGUCUGCUGUCAUUGUAGAUGAAGCACAUAGAAUCAAGAAUCCAAAGGCUCAAAUAACUAAAACUAUGAAAGGCUUAAAAUGCAUUGUCCGCAUAGGUCUUACUGGAACCAUUCUUCAGAACAACAUGAAAGAACUUUGGUGUGUCAUGGACUGGGCUAUACCAGGACUUUUGGGUAGCAAAGUAUAUUUCAAGAAGAAAUUUUCUGAUCCAGUGGAGCACGGCCAGAGGCAUACUGCAACUAAAAGAGAGCUAGCAACAGGUCGUAAGGCCAUGCAGAAGCUAGCAGGAAAAAUGUCUGGCUGGUUCCUGAGACGUACUAAGGCUCUUAUUAGUGAUCAGUUACCAAAAAAGGAAGACAGAAUAGUGUACUGUUCCCUGACAGAAUUUCAGAAAGCAGUAUAUCAGGCUGUAUUGGAAACAGAAGAUGUAAACUUAAUACUACGAGCAUGGGUACCCUGCAGUUGCAAUAGUGGACGUAGAAGAAAGAAUUGCUGUUACAAAACAAAUUUCCAUGGUGAAACUAUGAAGGCACUUUAUUUCAGUUACCUGACAGUCCUUCGAAAGGUUGCUAAUCAUGCUGCCCUGUUACAGACGGAGAACACCAGUAAACAGCAGAAAACGCAUAUCAAACGAGUUUGCAACCAGGUGUUUUCCAAGUUUCCUGAUUUUGUUCAGUUAAGCAACGAUGCAGCCUUUGAAACUAUUUCUGAUCCAAAAUACAGCGGGAAAAUGAAGGUCCUUCAGCAGCUUUUAAAUCACUUCAGAAAAAACAGGGAUAAAGUUCUUCUCUUCUCCUUUUCAACCAAGUUGCUAGAUGUGCUGGAACGAUACUGUAUGGCAUCUGGGCUAGAUUACCGAAGACUUGAUGGAAAUACAAAAUCAGAGGACCGGGUUAAGAUAGUAAGAGAGUUCAACAGCAUGCAAGAUAUUAAUAUUUGCCUAGUCUCUACAAUGGCCGGAGGUUUGGGUCUCAAUUUUGUUGGAGCCAAUGUUGUUAUAUUGUUUGAUCCAACAUGGAACCCAGCCAAUGAUCUACAAGCCAUUGACAGAGCCUAUAGGAUCGGUCAGUGCAGGGAUGUGAAAGUGUUCAGAUUAAUAUCCUUGGGCACUGUGGAGGAGAUGAUGUAUUUACGGCAAGUCUACAAACAGCAACUUCACUGUGUGGUGGUUGGAAGUGAAAAUGCUAAGCGAUAUUUUGAGGCCGUGCAAGGAUCAAAGGAACAUAAAGGAGAGCUUUUUGGGAUCCGUAACCUUUUCAAGCUUCGGACCCACGGGUCCUGCCUUACAAAGGACAUCCUGGAGAGGGAGGGAAAAGUGGAAGCUGGAGUCAUGACAGCUACUACUUGGCUGAAGGAGGAGCCUCCAUCAUGCAAAUCAGAAAUGCAUGCAGAACCAGGUUAUGAAGAAGAUAAAGAUCCUGUCAGACCUCAGGAACAAUUGGUGAAAGAAGAAUUUGAUUUUUCAAGUGAAGGUAGUGGUGAUGAACUUAAGGGAAAUUCAAGGAAAAAAGCAGACAAAAACAAUGGAAGUAACACAAAUCCACAGGGGCAACUUACAUUAAUGCAAUGCGGUUUCUCUAACUUGUUAGAGAGAGAAAUUAAAACCACCCUGGAAAGAGAUCAUUCUAGUGGUUCUGAUCAUUCAAGUUCUGACUGUCCGUCUGUGAGACAGAGAUUGAAUGUAAAUGGCAAGUGUGCUGGUCUUCAGAAAACUCAGAGUCAUAACCAUAUUUUAGAGCAGUGGAAAACCACAAAGUCAUGGAAUAGUAGCGAAAAACCAGAUAUACAGAGUUUGACUAUACCUGCAGAUUUGCUUGUUUUGUCGGCCUCUGAGGAUGAAAGGGACAUGGAAAGUAAAAAUAAGGAACAGUGCAUUUCAAAGCAGGUUGCUAUAGUCAUGGAGACUGAAGGCAGCUCAGAAGAGAGUAAUGAUAUCAUCUUUCCUUCCCAUGUUCCAGCUCAUCAGGCACCUGUUUCUGCUAAAAGUUUUAAUAAAUAUGAGCCCCUUUCAGGAAAAUCUGAAGGGUCAGAUACCAAAAAUAACACCAUUCUUGCAUCUAAGGGAGAUUGUCAGCAGUCUCUGAACCAUAAUACCUGGUCAGCCUUCAGAAAAACAAACUCUUUGAAACAUGCCCAAGAGACGACAACAGAUAUACAGGGUACAAGUGAUAUUAGUGAUGAGUCUGAUGAUAUUGAAAUGUUCCUACAGUCCAAACCAAGAAACCUAAGAGAUGUUAGCUCCUUCAAGUGGAAAAAAAAGUGUAAUCUAAACAAGGGAUUUGGUAACUCUUCCAAAACCAUGCUGCAAGUAAAGACAACAGGCAAACUAGAAAAGGAAAGUGAUUCACAGACUAUAGAUGAAUUUUCAUCUUCUGAAGAUAAUUUACCAGUUGAGAGAGCUCACUUCACUAAGCAAAGCCAUAGGCGCAAAACUCGGAGGUACAGAAUUCCUUUUGAAUCUAAAUCAUCCUGUCAAAUUAAAGGUGCUUCUGUUACACCGGUGAAACCCAGUCACUUCCAUAGCCCCAAGACUGCUAUAUGUAAGGAAGCAAGUGCCAGACAGGAGGAACAAGGAGGCUCACUGGACAGAUAUUUCGAUGGUGUUCAAGAAGUGGCUUAUAUUCAUUCAAACCAGAAUGUGGUUGGAUCGAGCAAAGCUGAGAAUCAUAUGAGUCGGUGGGCUGUGCGAGAUGUGUUUGAAUUGAAGCAAUUUUCCCAGCUCCCUGCUAAUGUACCAGUCUACAGUGACAAGAAAGAUGAAGAAAGCCCAGAAGAAAAUCCAAAAGAAGCCGCAUCGGUGAAGAAGAGCACUGAGAGAUGGCAGCAGAGAGGGCAACAGAGGGCUGGCAAGCAGUUUCACCUCUGUAUUACACAUCCCAUCAUUCAGAAAAAGAAAAAGGUACACAGAGUAGGUUCAACCACCUUCUUGAUUGGAAAGACCCCUACAGGAAUCCGCAGGAAACAAUUUGAGGAAAUGGUCUCCUACUUCAAUAUGGCUUCAGUGGAAGAACUUGCAGAACACAUUGCAAAAGCAACAUCAGAAAUACGACAGAAAAUGUUGAAAGAUUUUUAUGCAGCAAAGUACCCAGAGUUAGAGAACAUUUUUACAAUUGAGGUUCCAGCGUGUGUUUCAGAUAGAUGUGAGGAAGAUGAGAUGUGUUCAGCUCAUUCCAGAAAGAGAAAGUCCCCUAUUAAAUUUAGGAAAUCACGGUCUAGUGCUUCAGCAGUUGAAGAUCCUCCCCAUGAAACUACAGAAAUAUGUAGCCAAAAAAGACAUAAAGUAGAAACAGAGCAAGUUCACAAUAACUCCUGCAUACAAGAUGGUGUGUGUCUUAAUGCCGAGUAUAAACAAUUGCCCACUGUCAUUACCCAAGAUAGCAUCAGUGGCAGAAACAGUCGGGCAUUCAAAGAUUUUAUGGCAUCUGGCUCAUUAAGCAGUAAAUCAGAAAUAAUUGAGGUGCUGUCUGCAAAUGCCACUUGCAGACAGCAAGACUCAGAGGGGACAGUGUCUCCGAGAAAAAGAUCCCUGUCUCAGUCAGAAAACGGUGAGAAACUCUUCUGCAAGAAAAACUCUUUUGUAGACUUACUGGGAGACACCUCUAUUCUCAGUGACCUCUUCAAAAGUGAUGGAAAUAGGCCUACCCAGCUGCCAAGAAGAUUCCCUUCAGAGCCUGCAUCGAAAGCAAAAGAACGACCAAAAGACUUCUGGGAUAUGCUGAAUGAGGAGAAUGAUGAGAGCAUUGGGAAGCUGACAGAUGUGGCAGUCAUCAAGGAGCUGUGUGAGAGAGCGCCUCUUGCUGCUCUGACAAAAAAGGAAGAAGCAUGUGAAAGUUCUCUUUGGAAAAAGAAUGAGAAUUUUCUGUGGAAAAAAUAUAAUGCAACUGAACCUGUGCCUGGCACAUCUCUAGAUGCAUAGAUGUGUACAUUUAUCUUACAUCUCGGGUACCAAGCUAAUCAGUUGCAAAGUGAUUAAGAAUAUUCACUGGUAUUAGUAGCAUAAAUUAUCAGACAAUUUUCAGAUUUAUUAUGCUCCAGUCUUAUUGCCCUUGGGGCAUAGGGUAAGAUAGUCUAAGAUAGUAUGUUACUGUGUAAUGAACAAGGUAGAGAUUGCAGUAUGGUUUUAGUAAUUCAGUGUAUUUUUAAAACUUGAUCUUUAAAUUUAUGAAUCAUAAGAAAGUAGGGCUGGACUGGACCACCAGAGGUCAUCUAAUCCAACCCUAUCUUUGAGGCAGGAUCAUUCCUCUCUAAACCAUCCUAGGCAAGUUUUGUCUAACCUUAUUAUGCACGUACAGGGAAUAAAUGGAAGGAAUGGCAAGUUGCAGGACUAUUACAAUGGACACAAGGAUAAGAAGGUGCAAACUUUCCCUUUACGACUUCAACUUUGGUAGGACUUGAGAAGAAUUACACCAGUAAUACUGCUGUAAUCAUUUGAGUGUAAAGCAUAACAAGAUAGAUCAGGGAUGGGAAAAUACAGCCCAUGAACUGGAUCUGGUCCACAGAACAAUUUUUACCCAGCCCAUGGUGGGUCCUUCAGCCCUGCUGGGCGGUGUUGGGGCACCCCUGUCCCGUGCCAUCCUGCAGCUCCCCCGAGAUGCGUGCACAGCAGUGGCAGCCCCCAGCUCUGCCGGCUUGGUGUGGGGUGUAGUGGUGUGGAACAGAGUAGAGCAACACGGAAGCUCCAGUGAAGGCGCCACAUCCAGAGUUGGGGCUGGAGGCUGGUCUCCAUGGACCGCACACGGCCAGGCGGGGAGCUGCAUCCCUGAACACAGCUCCCUGCACAGUCACACACAGUCUCCAUGGCGAGCAGCCCCAGAUGAAGCUCCCCAUCCAGCAGCACACAGUCUUCACAGAAACCAGCCUCAGAUGCAGUGCCCUCACUGGGGCACCCAUCACUGCCACUGAUCCCAUGCCACUAUGCCACACACCGAGAUGGGAGAACUGGGGACUGCUGCCACCACACAGGCAUCCUGAGGCAAGCUGCAGACUGGUAUGAGAUGGGGAUCCCCCAGCACCUCCUUUAACCCCAGCCUGGUCCUGGCCGCUGCUUCCAAGUGGCAGGGUGUAGAGUCGCCGCUGGGUCCAUCCUCUUCCCUCCACUGCCUGUGGGCUGUGUACCCCGGGCUGGGGGAGGGGAGAGGAGGGGAGGAGGGAAGGAAGUUAAGUUUCCCUUCGCUUGGGCUCAGUGGUGACACAUGGCUGUUCCCUGCCCCUGCCUCCUUCCCAAGCUUCCUCCGCGAGGCACACAGCCUUCCUCUCUCCCCAGCUGCGGCCUGCCAGUGAGGCCCAGUGGUGGCUUCCAGCUUUGCCCCAGCUCCACACUGGCACUACUCCAUGAUCCCAGCCCCACAUGCGGCUCCAGGGAGCCGCAUGGGCAGGGUGUGCGGGCGGGUGGGGAGCUGCAUCCAGGGCUGAGGCUGGGAUCAUGGGGCUGGGAUGGGGCAGAGCUGUGAUCCACUCCCUGCAUGCCCCUGCUCAUGGAACCUGUGCAACUUGGUUCUGAUCUAGCCCCGGCCCCAUGCCAUCACCACCCCGCAACCCCACCCUGUGAUCCCGGCCUUGCCCGCCCGUCCCACUCCUGAAUACUGCUGCCUGGGGCCUCAUCCCACAUAGGGGAUUUUGAUGAGUUAUUGCAUGGGGUGAGGAGAGGAGAGGAGGGGAGGGGGUGACCCAGCCCACAACAGCUCACCAAAACAGCCUGUGUGGCCCUUGGGCCCCAAUAAUUGUACACCCCUCAGAUAGAUACUUCUUGAGUAGCACAACACCACGGGGCAUGAGUUAUGGAUCACUAUUUUGCCAAUAUGAAACUAAAACUGAGCGGUGUCUUCAUAGCUACUGCAAUAUACAACUUUAAUUGCACAUUCGCUGUUUUGUAUCCUACUGUGAUACAGCUUAUGCUCGUUUUAAAUGUAACUGUUUUAAUGACAUGAAUUGCUA